UUUUUCGGGGUGACAUGAAAACGUAUGCUGCGUAUGACAGUUUUUACGUAAAUAAUUUGUUUUGCAGCUAGUUAACAUUGAAAUCGAAGGUCAAAAACAUUGAAUAAAGUAUAUACCUUUUGCACACCUAAUAACAAAAUAAUGGGCUGAAGAUGAAACUCUUUAAAUUAAUCGUACACCAGAAGAACUUCAGUGGGGAGGACCUAAUUAUAAACCCAAAGGAUUAUCCUGGAAUAAAAACUGGUGAUGUUGUGGAGAUUUACCAUCCUGAAGAUGAAUUCAGUCGAUUGUUGCUGCAAGUCACUUCUUUCAAGGAGGACUUGCAAGGCCGAGAAACGAUUAGCGUGGAAAAUAAUGUAGCCACGAUGUUCCAGUUGAGAACAUUUGCUGAUGUUCAUAUGAACAUUGUCAAUCCUGAUGAUGUUGCUCUCGAUUCUGUGGAACUAACUUUCAAGGAUCAGUACAUGGGCAGAAGUGAGAUGUGGAGGCUUAAAAAUAGUUUGGUAAAUACGUGUGUAUAUAUAAACAAAAAAAUCGAAUUUUGUGGUGGUAGCAUAAGAUGUCAAGUGCAUGAAAUGUGGUCGCAAGGAGAUCGAGUAGCUUGUGGUGUUAUCACUGACGACACAAAGGUCGUCUUUCGUUCCUCGACAAGUAUGGUCUACCUGUUUAUUCAGAUGAGCUCCGAGAUGUGGGAUUUCGACAUUCACGGGGACCUUUAUUUCGAAAAAGCAGUGAACGGUUUUCUGGCUGAUUUGUUUCAAAAGUGGAAGAAAAACGGCAGCAAUCACGAAGUGACCAUAGUUUUAUUCUCAAGGACUUUUUAUAACGCGAGUAGUCUCGAGGAGUUUCCUAACCACAUGCGAGAGUGUCUGCAGCAUGAUUACAGAGGCAGAUUCUACGAAGAUUUUUAUAGAGUGGCUGUGCAAAACGAAAGAUACGAAGACUGGAGCAAUGUGUUGGUACAGUUGCGGAAACUGUUCACUGAUUAUCAAAAGAUUGUCUUGGAAUAUCAUCAAAGAUCGGGAAUUACUGUACCAACGGCAACGAAUUCGACUGCGGCUCAGGGAAAUUUUCUGGAAGUACUCAACAUGUCCCUAAAUGUGUUCGAGAAACAUUAUCUGGACCGGAGUUUCGAUAGAACUGGACAAUUGUCAGUGGUGAUAACACCAGGUGUGGGCGUUUUCGAAGUGGAUAGAGAAUUAACAAACGUAACGAAGCAGAGGGUCAUAGACAACGGAGUGGGAAGCGAUUUAGUUUGUGUUGGAGAGCAACCGUUACAUGCAGUGCCUUUAUUAAAGUUUCACAAUAAGGACAAGUCGAUAAAUGUUCCUGAUGACUACAGCAUGCCUCACUGGAUAAAUCUCAGUUUCUAUUCAACAAACAAAAAGAUUCCGUACUCAACUUUUAUACCUCGAAUUAAGCUUCCUCCAAAAGUCCCCAAACAUCAAAAUGAAAAUGAAAAACUGCUAAGUAAACCGAAAUUGUUGCAAGAAGAUGCGAGAGAUUGUCUUCACAAUACUUUGUUUGAUUACGACGCUUAUGAUGCGCAAGUUUUUCAACUGCCGCCGAUUCAUACUUCAAGUUUGCAACGAGUUUCUACGAGAACGAAAAAAACGAGCGUAGCUUGUAUAGAAACACCGAAUAACGCCCAGGCAUUGAAAUUGUUGAAACGAAAAAUGUCGGAUCCGGAUAUUCAUCAUCCUCCUCCUGAGCACCCUCCCAAAACGCUUCCUAGCAAAAGUGCUGCUAUUUCAAUUCCUCACAGAAGCGAAAAUACGAAUAGUGUUGAUUCAAACGACGAAAUGUCUAAAGCGAUUUCAAGAGUUUCUCUGAAGAGUGAUGCAACCGAUAGUGAAAUAUCUCCACCAUUCAGGCCAGUUGUAGGCAGUGCUGGUAGUCCAACGAAUUCAAUUGCCCCACCGAUAACUGUAAUUCGGCCAAGCAGAGCCCUCAUCAAUCCAUUCGAUCCCUCUCAUGUUACUAUUAAACUCACAAGCAAUCGACGAAGAUGGACACAUAUUUUUCCGAAAGGACCAACUGGUGUUCUGAUUCAACAACAUCAUUACCAGGCUGUACCGGCUCAAACUCGCUCCGGACAACAAGGGGACACAAAUUCAUUGCUGAGCAUAUCACCAUCCGAAAACGGCUCUGCCAAAAAUUUUUCAAUUUCCAGAUCCACCUCCCAAGUUGGCUUUCAAGAUCAUUUGCUAACGAAACAUCAAAAGCCUGUUGUUCCGCAAGGUAGUAUUGAGAAAAGUGGACAAUCGGGAACAAAUUCUACAAAUAAGAGCUUAACUCUCUUGUGGGGUGCCACAGGCGAACAAGAGUGGACUCCAGCUCUUACAACAGGUUUGAUUGUCAAUUUGUCAUCGUCUCAAAACAAGCAUUCAGCAAUCCAAAUUAUUUUUCAAUCCGCCCUUAAAUAUUGGAGGUUUCGUGUAUUUCUUUUGCCACUACAUAAUCAAGCAACACGUAGAAUUCUUGAAGGUUCUCCACGAUGUGAUAUUUAUAAACCAUUAGCUUCAAGUGAACAAGGUGCCUACAUGGAUGGCUUCCUUCGAUUUAUAGAAGGAUGGUUGAACAAAAUCAGGAGACCAAAUCCAAAUAAGAACUGGAGUCCGACAGCUUUAGGUGGGGCCCCUACGAGAGAUCCUGCCUCCCAUUUGACCAGGCGAAGGCACAGUACGAGCCUGAUAUUUCUCACUAACCAUCAGACGAGUCUUGUUGGCAGUUCUCCGUUCAGGGAGAGACUGGGAAGCAAUCGUCUGCCUGAAAAACCACGACCAAGAUCUGGUUCUAAAGUCUUGGAUAGAGGAAGGGUUUCUCCAGCGAGUGAAGCAGUCUUACCUCUUUCUCUGGAACAACAACAAGAUCAUCUGGAUACAAGUGAAGAGAGCAAUAAUGCCGAAGUCACAAAAAUAAAAAGCAGUGCCUCGAAUUCUGAAAUUUUGGAGGCCUUAAAACACCCUUUGUCGGGGGUAGGUUUUUUUACACAGCAUCCCUCUCUUCCCAGUCAAACUUUUGUAAGCGCAGAUGCUGUUCAGUGGUUAAAUAAUCACAUUGAUGGAGGAGUAACUGUUGAAAGUGCUGUUGGUAUUAUGCAGGGUAUGAUAAAUGAGAGGCUCAUAUGUCACGCUUCAGGGGAUUUUUCAAAGCCUUUUAUUCUAGGAUUUUAUUUAUAUCACAUUGUGCAGGAAAAGGAGAGCCAGAAAGCACCUGAUUAUACUCCACCUCUUGGUGAUCUUCAAAGUUUUGAAAAUGAGUGGGUGGAAAUAGAAACAAGGGCCCCGAAAGGUUGGUGCGAACGAACGGCGUCCACAAUUCUUUCUAAUGUCUCAUCACCAAUAGCUAUUCCAAGCUGUGAUACUGUAGACGAAUCUAAUGUCCCAAUUUUUUUGAGAGACGAUAUAGAUAUAAUAGAUUCAAAUGAUGAAGGAGACUGUAGAGUUCCUCCCUAUAAGCAUACUCAUCUAGAUAUUGAUAUAAACAAUAAAAGUGAUAGAAUCGAAUGGGGACAUUUAAGAUAUCAAUCUGUCUUCAAAGCUGAUCAUUCUUAUGAAUUGGUUGUGCAGUGGGUUGCAUCUUCUGGAAAUAUUGUCGCUGAUUUGAUAUUUCUCUGGCAACGUAAAGCACAAAUGUGUGGAAUACACAUGGUGCCGAUACCUAGUGAUUUAUUGGCAUUGCCUUUUACUUUGAAAAGCGAUCCACUCAGAGGUCCAAUUUUCAUACCUUUGGAUACUGAAUGUCUGAUGAAUAAAAGGCGUUAUCUUUUUGAAGAAUUUCGGGAGGACACGUAUACCAGAAGAUUAUUUCUUUUACAAGAGGCGAUUUUACAAAGGUUCGGAUUUUUACCUUGCAUGAUUGAAAGUAUUGAAAAUACAGAAAGUGAUCGUCAGUAUGUUCACGUAACUGGAAUUGCCUUUAUUUUGGUUCCUUCAAACACCGGUAUAAGACCAAGACCACGAACUGGAACCAAUGUCGUGCGACGAACUAAUGGUCAGAAAAGAUAUCCGGUUCAUUCAGAUCAACCAAGUCCUCACGAAGCUUAUAUUACGAGACAUGUCAGUGGAAAAAGUAAUGACGAUUACAGUCUGGACAGAAGGAUGGGAUUUCUCUGGUCUUGGAAUCACAUGGUGAGUCGAAAAUGGAAAUCGUUGUCCACAUCAUCAGGAGAUGAACUAUUCCAAAAAAGAAUGAUUCAAGAUUUUCGCCAAUUCUGCUCUAACGGUGAUAAUAGAUUAAAACAGUUCUGGGAGACUUGCUGGGAACUAAAAGAAAAAUCGUGUAUAAAGAUGAAAGAGUUGUAAUAAAUUAGUUCCUUAAAUUUUUCCUCGAGUUAAAAGUUCCGGACACAUUCAAGAAACUUAAUUUCAUUGCCUCUCUUAAAUUCAUUGAUAAAAUGCUCCACGAAUUUAUAUUUAGUUCAGAGUUGAUCCUACAAUUGUACAAUUAUUAGUAGCAGAAUAAUUAGAAAUUGGAUCUAGUCCUCUUUUUCAUAAACUAAUUUGUGAAUAUGCCAAAUAACUGAUAAAAAACAAUGUCAGGAUUAAAAAAGUGUGAUUUGACUUUCGUCGUUAUUAUUAAGUAAUGCAGGAAAAUGAGCAGGAUUUUAUUCGUUAUUUAUUAAAAAUAAGAAACUUACUUUAAUUUUUUAAUAAGCAGGAAGACUAAUUUGUUCCUAUCUUCGUUUGUGAAUAAAUCUGUGAAAAAAAGUGAUUCUAUCAAAUUAAGUGAGCGCCACUAUAAAUAAAUUGUAUCUACUAAUGUUUUUUUUUUUUUAUAAAAUUGUUAUUAAUUUGUCUAAAAUGGUUCUUUAUAGAAACUUUAGAAAAAUACAUUCCACUUUUGACAAAUUUAUUGUUUUUUAAUUGUACAGAAUUCGGUUCGUUUUAUUAAGAAAUAUAAUAUCAU